ACAGAGUGCGCAUACUCAAAAAUAGAUUAAGGAAGUGCAUAAAUAAAUUGCCACAAUUUUUACUUGUUUGUAAACUUUGAAAAUAAAAAAUAAUCUAAUAAUAAUGUGCGAUAAUUUGGUUUAAUACAUUCCUCCUUAAAACUCUUGCCAAGCUUAUAGUUUCCCCUUGAGUAGGCAACAAAAAAUGGCAGAUCAAUCAGGAAAUUCAACUAACCCAUCCCGUCGCCCAUUAUUAAAAAUGGACCUGCCACCGUCACAACAAAAUAUGACAUUCUCCUUUCGACCACUGCCUAACCAAUUAAACAUAACGGAAGGUAGUAUCAUUUGUACCUCUACGAACCGUCCUAAGAUGACUUUGCCAAAAGUUCCUAGAGCAGCCGUUGAUAUUGUUCAUGAGAAGACACGUUUUGGUGCACCAGAAAAGGUGAAAAUAAGAGAAUGCCGAUUUAGAAUUUCGCAAUCCAUACAAUCAACUGGAAAGUUGCAAUUAGCAGGAAAAAGUUACGACUUUACCUCGGACGAUCUUCAAGAUCUUGGAGAAAUCGGUCGGGGCGGAUUUGGUACCGUCAAUAAAAUGCUGCAUCGGAAGUCGGCGACGACUAUGGCCGUUAAACGCAUUAGGUCAACUGUUGAUGAGAAAGAACAAAAACAGUUACUUAUGGACUUGGAGGUGGUGAUGAAAAGCAACGAGUGCCCUUAUAUUGUACAAUUUUACGGUGCACUUUUUAAAGAGGGUGACUGUUGGAUAUGUAUGGAAUUGAUGGAUACGUCCUUAGAUAAAUUUUACAAAUUUAUUUAUGAAAAAAUGAAAAUACGAAUUCCCGAAACAAUUUUAGGAAAAAUUACUGUGGCAACAGUAAAAGCGUUAAAUUACCUGAAAGAGCAAUUAAAAAUUAUACAUCGCGACGUCAAACCGAGUAAUAUCUUAUUAGAUCGAAAAGGCAACAUUAAACUUUGCGACUUCGGUAUAUCGGGUCAAUUGGUUGACUCGAUAGCGAGAACCCGUGAUGCAGGUUGUCGCCCAUACAUGGCGCCAGAACGAAUAGAUCCCCAAAGGGGCAAGGGUUACGAUGUACGAAGUGACGUAUGGUCUUUGGGAAUUACACUGAUGGAGGUGGCGACCGGACAUUUUCCCUAUCCGAGAUGGUCGAGCGUUUUUGAACAGCUGCAUCAAGUAGUAAACGGCGAUCCGCCGCGCUUAUCGACCAAUCAUAAUGCAAAUAUAUUUACUGCGGAAUUUGUAAACUUUGUAAAUACAUGUUUGAUCAAAGAUGAACUAUCUAGACCCAAAUACAAUAAGCUGCUACAAGAUCCAUUUAUAAUUAACGCAGAAAAGGAAGAAGUUGAUGUGGCAUCAUAUGUUUCUGAUAUUAUGGAUGAAAUGGCAAAUAAUGGUGUCAGCGCUUUCACAACUAAUCAGCAGUAGUUUAUUAGAUUUCUAUUGCUCCAGUGUUUUUAAAGGGGUGUGUGAGGCAAAAAAUAAUUAUAAAUACUAUAUCAACACCAGUUUUAUAAAAUACAUUUUUAUUGUAAUGGUCCUAGUUUGUUAAGGGACAAGUGCCAUCAAAUGUUUUACUUUCUUAUUGCAACAUGGUUCUAUUUCAUUAACACUAGCCCAAUAAUUCUUUAUUCUUGAAAAGUACCAUUGUCGAUUCCAACUGCUCAAAAAAAAAAUCAAAAGGCACUGACCUGAAAGUGUGAAAAAAAAAUGUAUACAAAAUCAAAAGAAUAAGUACUUGAAUUGUUUUAAAGUGAGCAUUCAAAGAUCCGGCAGUAAAAGGGUCCUUUAACUCGUUUCAUUUGUUUAUUGUAAUUCAAAGCGUGUCAGAACCAUAUGCAUUUCUAUGCCUUUGGCUUCUCACACAUCGUUAACAGUGAAAGUUAUUUUAAAGGUGCUCAAAGUUUAAAAUGAUUUGGUUGAAGAAUUUAAUUACUGCAUGCGAUACGUCGAUUACAAUUUCGAUAACAUGGCAUAUUUUGUGAAUAAACCUAGGAAACUAAAUUUUUAAAAAUUCAACCUAUUUUUCCACCAUCGCGAGAUAAUUAUGAAAUGAAAAAUUUUGAUCUCAAUUAUGGUCAUAACUAACACUUUAUAAGAAGUAAAUGUACAUACCACUUAGCUGUAAAAUAAUUGUAAUUAUAAUGAAUGUAAAGCGGCUAGCUAAAUUGUUUAUGGAAAUGUCUAUUGUGUAGGUACUAGUUUUGUAAAACUAUUGUUAUAAUGUGUAUAAUUAAAAAAAAAACAGUAGGUAUAAAGUAUUUAUCUGAUAGUUAAUUAUUGUGAUUUUCCUUUUGUAGCAAUAGUGUCCCACACAGGAAUGUAAUGUACCAUUGCAUAUGUAGAUUAACCGUAGUUUAUUUUUGGAUUAUGAUGCGUGGACUGCACAUAUGUAUAAUUCAAAAGUUAUAUCAAUAUAAUCUAAUCUUUCGAUAAUAGUUCUAGUGUUCUCUCCCUUUAGGCAUCAAAGUUCAGAAGUAAACUUCUGUUAAUCGGUUUGUAACAUACGACAUUACAAUGUUAAGAAAUAUAAUAACAAUAAAACAGUUGCCUGUUACUUUAGCAUACCGUAUAGAGUACGUUUUGUAUAUAAAUGUUGUUAAAUAAAUAUUGUUUUUAAAUAUAUCGGAAGUCCAUUGUCA